AUGGAGGCAUUCACCUUUGCCGUUUCCACACAGGUGGACUUCCCCAUCCACGUCAAGAUUGGUUCACUAGAGGGGAAGCAAAAGCAGAUCCCCUACUCAGUGCUGCUGAAGAACCCCGAGUUACGACACCUGGGUUCUACGCAGAACCCGGCCUCGGAUUUAUUUGUCACAGUGCAGAUAUGGUCGGACUCAAAACCCCUCGGCGUGCCUCUCCAGACCUCAUACAAAGCGUUCAAAGCGAACCGAGCAUGGAACGAAUGGCUGCAGAUGCCCAUGUCCCUCAAGGAUGCGCCGCUCAACUCCCAACUGGCAAUCACGGUUUGGGAUCUGUCCCCGCUGGCCGGUGGUGGAGCCCAGGCUCAUGAUAUCCCCUUUGGCGGAACGACCAUACGACUGUUUGACGGCGAGGGCAAGCUGAGGAUGGGCAGACAAAAAUGCAAGGUGUACCGCAAUAAAGCUGCGGAUGGGGUUUCAUCGACCACCACGCCGUCAGUGCCGCCGCCGAAGCGACGCAUACCGAACGCUCGUGAUCCGUUGGGGCCGUCGUUGGAGGAGACAGAGCUAGAACGGGUGGAGAUUCUGAUCAAGAAGCACGAAAUGGGUGAAAUUCCGCGAAUAGACUGGAUGGACCAAAUGGUAUUCCGCCAGCUGGAAAAGCUCAAGUUGAACGCCGAGGAAGCGGCCCGGAAACGAGCCAUUUUGUUGAAAGCUACAAACCAGCCGACGGUGGACGAAGAUUCGGAUGAUGAUGAACGGGAUGACGAGAACUUUGUCUUGUAUGUGGAAUUCCCACGGUUCGAUCAUCCGAUUACCUGGGCCGAUCACCAGUAUCCUCCUCCCCCCAUUUCGUCUUAUUCCCAGAAUGCGCCAAUUCAUCCAAACUCGGCCUUGAAACCGGUCCCGGAGGUUCGCUUUGGCCCGGGAAUUGAGGGAGCAGACGCUACAGCUGUGAUCCGGAUAUAUGAUCCGGAAGUGGGACAGGCAGGGAACCCCUGUGAGGACAAGCACCGCCGGUUGAUCCGAAGCCAUAGGACUGGUAUCAUGGACAGAGACUUGAAGCCUAAUCCCAAGAUUCGUGAUGAGCUCAACAUUAUUCUGUCGUACGAGCCAACGCAAGAUCUUACAGCCGAAGAGAAGGAUUCUGUCUGGAGAUUCAGGUACUAUUUGACGCGAGAAAAGAGAGCAUUGACAAAAUUCGUCAAGUCAGUAAAUUGGCGGGAUGUGGGGGAAGCCCGGCAGGCUGUGGAAAUCCUUCCCAAGUGGACCGAAAUCGAUGUGGAUGAUGCUCUGGAGCUUCUGGGUCCCACAUUUGACAAUCCGGCAGUGCGGUCAUAUGCUGUGGAACGACUGCGAAAGGCAGAUGACGACGAGCUUCUCCUCUAUCUGCUGCAGUUGGUCCAGGCUUUGAAGUACGAAGAAAACGCCGAGGGCAACGUGGACGAAGCCGCGCAUGACUCCUCACUUGCCAAUUUCUUGAUCACCCGCGCUGCCAAUAACCUCAAGCUGGGAAAUUACCUGCAUUGGUACCUGAUGGUCGAGUGUGAUGAUGCUGGACCAGGCACAUUAUCGACGCAACGGCGUCUGUUUGCGCGAGUCGAGUACUAUUUCAUGACUGAGCUGGAGAAAGUGCAUCCUGAUUAUCGCAAGACACUCUUGCGGCAAGGAGAAUUUAUAGCCGUGUUGUCGAAGAUCGCCAAAGAUGUCCGUUUCUCCAGGGAGACCCGGCCCCAGAAGAUUGAAAAAUUAAAGAAAUCACUGCGCGACCCGAAGAAUGAACUAAUUCACAUUGAACCUCCAUUACCACUCCCCCUGGACCCGGAUGUUCUUGUGGCAGGGUGUUUCCCGGAAGAAUCCAAUGUCUUCAAGUCAACAUUGUCUCCUUUGCACAUCACUCUCAAGACUACGGACGGCCGCCGAUAUCCACUGUUGUUCAAGGUUGGCGACGAUAUGCGACAGGACCAGCUGGUCAUCCAGAUCAUCAUUCUCAUGGAUCAACUUCUUCAGAAAGAAAAUUUGGAUUUGAAACUUACACCUUACCGGGUCCUUGCCACUAGUUCAACAGUCGGCGCUGCACAGUUCAUCCCUUCCACGUCACUCUCAGCAGCCAUGGCCAAGUACAAAUCUAUCCUCGCAUACCUGAAAACGAACAAUCCAGACGACAACGAACCCCUCGGCGUGCGCAAAGAGACGAUGGACACAUACAUCAAAUCCUGCGCUGGAUAUUGCGUUAUCACCUACAUCCUCGGCGUGGGCGACCGCCAUCUUGAAAACUUACUGCUUGCCCCAGACGGCCAUUUCUUCCAUGCAGACUUCGGCUUCAUCCUGGGCCGUGACCCCAAGCCCUUCGCGCCGAUGAUGAAACUUGGCAAGGAGAUGGUCGAGGGCAUGGGCGGCACCACAUCACCAAACUACCUCCAAUUCAAACAGUACUGCUACACGGCGUACACCACGCUGCGCAAGUCCGCCAACCUGAUUCUGAACCUCUUCAGCCUCAUGGUCGACGCUAAUAUCCCGGACAUCCGCGUCGAACCGGACAAGGCUGUCCUCAAGGUCAAGGAGCGGUUUCAUCUGGAGAUGUCGGAGGAAGAAGCCAUCCGCCAUUUCGAGCAGCUUAUUGGCGACAGCGCGAAUGCUAUCUUUGGUGUUGUAAUUGACCGCUUUCAUGAGUUUGUUCAAGGAUGGCGCACUUGA